UGCAGAGACAUAACAACCUUGUCUCUUACCCUCUCAAAAGCCUCCCUUAACCUUCUGAUGCUUACUUUGUCACCGGCACCAGCACCAGUGCUUCUUGCACCUUCACCUAUCAUCUUUACCUCAACCAUACAACAGGCUCUCUACUUAUUAGGAACGACACUAAUUUGAUGCCCAUUCGAAAUCUUUUUGUUGCUGCUGAGAAUGAGAACAAGAACAAGAACAGGAACACAAUUAUUUAUCGUGCAACUCUGGAUUUUGAUGGAGUUUUUCGACUCUAUUCUCAUGACAUGGCUAACAAAGUCAUCAGCAUAGUAAAAACCUGGCCUGAUAAUGCUUGUUCUGUGAAGGGCUUCUGCGGCUUCAACAGUUACUGUGCACUGGCUGAUGAGAAUCCUUUUUGCUAUUGUCUUCCGGGAUUUGAUUACCUUGAUCCGAACCAGAACACUCUUGGCUGCAAAAGAAACUCCUCAGAAGACAAGUGUAGUGAGGAAGAGUUUUACAGAAUGGUUUCUUUGGAUAAAUUGGCCUGGGAUGGCGACCGGUCUUAUUUUCAGGCACAGAUGGCAGAUGAGGAACAUUGCUCUUCUUCUUGUUUGAAAGAUUGCAAUUGUUGGGCUGCUUCUUAUGAUCAGAGUACCAAGAUUUAUAUGAAGCAGCAAACCCCUCUCAGAUAUGCAAGAAGGGUACAGUUGAACGAAAAAGUACCCUCCUUGAAAUUCUUCAAGGUAGGAAACUUGAACUUGAAUCAUGUUAGUAGUGAGCCUGUCCCUGAGACUCCACUUUCUCAUAAGAUCAUCAAGACUACUAGUAACAAAGCAAUUCUACGUAUUAUUCUUGUUACCUCCAUUUUCACUCUGAUUUUCUGCUCCACUAUUGGGAUAUCUUGUCAUUUGAUGUCGAAGAUUCGAGUUCUCAAGUACAAAAGGCUCUUGGAGAUUGGGGACUUGGGGCUGAAUGAGGAAGUGGCUUUGAGGAGAUUUUCAUACACUGAGCUCAAGAGAGCAACCAACGGUUUCAAACAAGAGUUGGGAAAGGGCUCUUUUGGAGCAGUUUACAAAGGGGUUUUAUACAAGGCGGGAAGAUGUAGGAGAUUCAUUGCGGUGAAGAGACUUGAGAAGUUGGUUGAAGAUGGAGAAAGAGAGUUCCAAGCAGAGGUGAGAGCCAUUGGAAAAACACACCACAGGAACCUUGUUCGCUUGCUUGGCUUCUGUGCCGAGGGUCCCAAAAGGCUUCUGGUCUAUGAAUACAUGAGUAAUGGUUCCCUUGGGAAGCUUCUCUUUGGCGAUGAAAGGCUUCCAGAUUGGGAUGAAAGAGUCAGAAUAGCUCUGGAUAUUGCAAGAGGGAUCCUCUAUCUGCAUGAAGAAUGUGAGGCACCCAUCAUUCACUGCGACAUAAAGCCUCAAAAUAUCUUGAUGGAUGAGUUCUGGACUGCCAAAAUAUCCGAUUUCGGGCUAGCAAAGCUUCUCAUGCCGGAUCAAACAAGAACUUUCACAGGGGUUAGAGGGACAAGAGGAUACUUGGCCCCUGAAUGGAACAAGAACACACCAAUAACAGUGAAGGCUGAUAUCUACAGCUAUGGGAUAGUGCUUCUUGAGACAGUGUGUUGCAGGAGAAACCUUGAUGCUAAUGUGUCAGAGCCAAAUGAGAUUCUUCUGUCUGGUUGGGCCUAUAAGUGCUUUGUUGCUGGAGAGGUGCAUAAGCUAGUUCAUUGGGAAGAAGUGGAUAAGAAUGUCGUGGAAAAUACGGUGAAGGUGGCACUGUGGUGUAUCCAAGAUGAACCUGUUCUCCGGCCUUCAAUGAAGAGUGUUGUGCUCAUGCUUGAAGGGGUUACUCAUGUGCCAAUGCCUCCUUGCCCAACUUCUAAUUCCAUGUGACAAAAAAUGUUAAUGUUGCUGCCUC